GACAUCUCAUCAGUAAUAAAUUUUAUUAAACCCUAAAACCCUUAAAUCGAUUCGUGUCGUUGUCAAAAUGGAAGAAAAACUAAAGUAUCUGAGUCUGGUCGGAGCCGGAGCUCUAAUCGGAUCCGUCUCCACCGUCGCCCUCCUUAAACUUCUCUCCAGGAGCUCAGUGAAGCAGCAGCAUGAUGAAAUCCCACUAACUAAACUGUUAGAAAAUGGUUUUGAAUCUGAAAAAACACAAGUUACUGCAGCAAUUGGUCAUGAGGAUCUUUUGGCAGAUGAAAUUGUUUCUGAACAUUUAACCAGGAAUAUCCAGUUUUUCGAUCUUGAAGCUCAGCGUAAAGUAACUGGAUCAUAUGUUGUGGUCAUUGGACUUGGAGGUGUAGGGAGCCAUGCUGCCUCUAUGCUCUUGAGGUCUGGUGUUGGGAAGCUCCUCCUCGUUGACUUUGAUCAGGUGUCACUUUCAUCAUUAAACCGACACGCUGUUGCAACACGAGCAGAUGUCGGUAUCCCGAAAGCUGUUUGUCUCAAGAAGCAUUUCUCUUCGAUCUUUCCCGAAUGCCAUGUUGAAGCCAAGGUGUUGCUGUACGACUCAUCCUCCGAGGAAGAGAUUCUUUCAGGAAACCCAGAUUUCGUUUUGGACUGCAUUGACAACAUCGACACAAAGGUGGGGCUUUUGGCUGCUUGCGUUAAGAGGGGUUUGAAAGUUCUGUCUGCAACCGGUGCGGGUGCUAGAGCUGAUCCAACAAGAAUCAGAGUGGCUGAUUUAAAAGAAUCGACUAUUGACCCUUUAUCUCGAUCUGUAAGACAUAGAUUGAGGAGAGAACACGGCAUUGAAGGAGGCAUUCCCGUCGUGUUUUCCCUCGAAAAACCAAAGGCGAAGCUGCUUCCCUUUAAAGGGCCAAACGGGGAAGACGAGAAUCCUUCAGAUUAUCAAGUAGUUCCUGGCUUUCGUGUUCGGAUAAUUCCUGUUCUAGGAACCAUCCCGGCUAUCUUUGGACAGAUCAUGGCCUCCUAUGUUAUAACACAACUUGCUGGUUUGCAAGUUCAGAUGGAGCCUAUAGUGAAUCUUGAUUUGGAUCAUUACCGAAUGCUUCAUCAACGCCUUAUUGAGCAUGAGGAAGCUGUUUAUGGAACAUCUGCUCAAGUCCAGGUAGAUGUUGAGGAAGUGAAAUACAUAGUGAAAGAGUUGUGGCAUGGACGAAGUGCUAGAGACGAGGCUGCAAAAGAUGUGGGUAGAGGAAUGUGGCGAGCCAUGAAUGAGCUGAUGCUCGUAAGAUGGGAUGCAAAGAAGCCAGCAUCAGUCUCAAACUUGAUUCUUUUGAAGUUUAAAGAGGCGGAUGAACAUGAGGCUAAGACUCUUGAGGAAGUGAAGGAAACAGAAGCAGAGUUCUUUGAAAAAGUUUCGUGCGUGCUGAAGAAGGCAGAGCUUGAUUUCUAUGGCUAGAAGAACAAAGAACCUAUUCAACAGCAGUCACUAGGGAUAUAGACUAUGAAACUACAUGCACCCUCUUCUCCUUUUCUUACAAAAAUGUGAGUUCCUCAGAUGAUUAGACAAAUUAUGUUGGGAACUAAAUUGGGGAAUAUCUAUGUAGUAAAAUUUGGGAAUAUCUAUGUAGUAAUCAGUUUUGAAAGGAAAAGAAAACCAUUUCACUAUCAUUUUGUUGGUGAACCUUAAUUACCAAAUAUAUCUGUUUUUAGAUAAAAUAUUCAUUAAUAAUCAAAUUCUUUUUACGAUGCAAUAAACUUCAGCAUUAUGUUAUA